CUGUACUGUACCCUAGCUAGUCGCCUCCAGUCCAGAGCGUCCCGAGACUAAUGGCCUGCCACACCGUCAUCCCGCUUCUUCUCUUCCUCCCUUCCCUCUUGGCAGCGGCUGCGGACGACGUCGCCCCUGCUCCUGCUCCUGCCCCGGCGGCACCACCCGAGCCCACCAACAACAACCUGACCAGCAUCCUGGAAAAUGGCGGGCAGUACACCACUCUGCUCCGCCUCCUGAACGCCACCCGGAUAACGGAACAGAUCAGCAGCCAACUCAAGAACUCGUACGACGGCCUGACCUUCUUCGCGCCCAACGACAACGCCUUCGCCAAGCUCAAGGCCGCCGGCACGCUCAACGCCCUCGCAGACCAAGACCAGAUCCAGCUGCUGCUCUACCACGUCCUGCCCCGCUACUACAGCCUCGCCACGUUCCAGACGGCCAGCAACCCGCUGCACACCGAGGCGUCGGGCCCCGCCGGCAUGUACAGUGUCAACGUCACCGCCAGCACCACGAACCCCCUGGUGAACCUUUCCACUGGCGUCGUCGACGUGCCCAUCAGCAGCACGCUGUUCGCUCGCUUCCCGUUCGCCGUCUACUCCGUCGACAGCGUGCUGCUGCCCCCGCAGCUAUUCCACACGGCUUCUUCUGCGCCGGCACCAGGACAGUCUGCAGAGGCGCCGGUGCCUGGAAAGGCGGCACCAGGGCACAAGGGGGGCGUCCCAAAGAGCGGCGACGAUGUGCCAGCGCAGCCGUCCGCUGCGGUGGAUGGGGCACAAGACACCAGUGUCGCCGCGGAUGGUAGAGGGAGCGCGGCGUGGAUGACGCCGGUGGUUGUUUUGGGUGGCAUGGCCCUACUGCUUUGCGCGUGAGCAGUGUGUGCUUCGUUCUGUUUUGUUUUCCUUGGCAUCUCUCUGAUUUCUCUCU